AUGGUGAAUAAAACUGAUAACAAAUUCACUUGGGUGAUCAAGAAUUUCUCCUCUUUGCCAUCCGAGAAAAUCUACUCGGAUCGUUCGUCAUCGGCGGCUGUAAAUGGUAAGAAGAGAACGAAUCUUCUUGCCUAUCCCAAGGGAAACAAGGUUGAUUGCUUGUCUCUGUUUCUGAUAGUCGCCGAUCAUGAAUCGUUGCCUUCUGGAUGGAGUAGACACGCACUCUUCCGCAUAUCUUUAAUGAGUUCUAUGUUUCGUGACAUUACAGUAGGACAGCACAGGUUUGACCAGAAGACUCCCAACUGGGCCUUUACAUCCAUGAUCCCCCUUACCAUGCUUCAUGCAGACAAUGGUGGAUUUCUGAGGAACGGACAAGUCAAGAUUGUUGCAGAGAUUGAUGUUCGUGUAGUUGUACCUGAAGAAGAAACCAAACCUCUGAAAAAGAUAAAGCAAGAAGAUGAUGGUGCUGAUUUACUGAAUAACAAGACUCUACAACUGAAUUUAAACGAGAUGGAACUUAUGAGACUUAUGUUUGAAAAACAUCCAGACGUUGCAUUAGGGUUUCGUUCGAAGGACCCGAUUUUGAGGACUGCGUACAUUAAUGUCCUGCUCAGCUUAAUCCAGAAGCUAUGCAAACCGCCUCAAGAACUAUCAGAUAAUGACAUGUCUGAUGUAGUUGCUGCACUGGCAUACAUGGCAGAUGGAGGGUUCAAGUUGGAUUGGUUGGAGAAGAAACUUGGUGAAGUAAAGGAAAAGAAGAAGAAAGAAGAGGCUUGCAUGGCCCAGCUGCAAGAAAUGGAGGAAGAGCUAAAGCCAUUGAAGAAGAAGUGCUUAGACCUUGAAGCUCAGAUGGAUAAGAAGAAGGAAGAGAUUUUGGAAGCAAGAGCUCCUCUCUCAUUUGAUCACUUGAAUUCUUAG